AACUCACUAGCCCAAGCCAAACUAUGGUCCAAAGAACCUGAGAAACAUAAAUUAUGGUGUGACCACUGUCAGAGAACGAAUCCAGCAGGAACUGCUGGAAGCUCGAUGGCAAACCGGCCGAAUGGAAGCCAAGGAAUCAAAGAGAGUCCAGAAUUAAGGUAUUGCAAACCAUUCUUAGCCACCAAAAGAUCCGUACUGAAUCAGAAACUACGACUUCCACCUCAAGUGCAUCAGUGGCUCAUAAAGGACCUCUCUUCAGGGAAGAUGAUUGGCAGUGCUAAGGAGUGUGAUGGCCCCUAUUUUCUUCGUGACAUUAGUUCCUCCUCACAAUCUCCACCUCUUGAAAAAGUCUCAUCAUCAACUGUGUCUAACUUUGAACUUAUUUUGUGGCAUAAAUGCCUCGGUCAUCCUAGUUUUCCUUACCUUAAAGCAUUGUAGCCCACUUAUUCAUUAAUAAAGAUGUUUCUAGUUUUCAUUGUGAACAUUGCAUUGUCGCUAAACAAACUAGAAAAAGCUAUCCCCCUCAUUCUUAUCAACCAACAAAACCAUUUCAUCUCAUUCAUAGUGACAUCAGGGGUCCACUCGAGAACACUCCCUUAUGGGUCCAAGAUGGUUCAUCACUUCCAUUGAUGAUCAUACUCGUGUUUG